AUGUGUAUAGUAUCAUCCGGGCACCGCUUCUUGGAAAAGGUUUCCAAGAGCAAGGGCCUCAUCACAUUCACGAUGUAUUUCCUCAUGGUGGGCUUGGCCACGAUCGGCAUUUUCGGCAAGACUCAGUAUCCGAACACCUUUACUCCUAGAUGGGUGAACGCGUGCAUGAUAAGCAGUGGCAUCUGCUGUAUCCUAGGCCUGAUCACAGCUUGUCUCGUGACCAAUAAGAACGUCGAUUCCCAAACCCCGGACCCCGGCGCGCAGCUCUCACAGAUGUACAACACUCAAGUCUCGCCGGUGCUCACAGUGUCUGUGUUGGAUAUGGACGUGACUACAGGUCGGAGCACCUUCCUCCCCCUUAUAGGAUACCCCGUCAAUCACGAUUUCAAUCUCCAGCUUCUUCUUCCGAACCGGUACGGUAACGCGGAGCAAAUUCUCGGAGUCCAUCUCCCACAGAACGGCGAAACAGGCCCUGUACAGACCGUGGUGCAAACGCGGAAUCCUGAUGGUACACCGUGCGAGAAAACGGUUCUCGCGGACCUGAAACGCAUGGAGGAGUCGAAAAAGAGCAGAAUCGACAAAGACAAGAAGGAGGUGGAAACGCCGCCGCCAUCUUACAGCUCUCUCGAGAUCAGCGUUCAAUGCGGCGGCCCGGGAGCAGCCACAGCGGAACGAUGCGACAAGGAGAAACCGCCUUCGUACGAUACAGCGUUGUGCAAGCUAACCGUCGAUACGGGCGCCGAGCCCGCGGGUGAAAAACUUGUCGAAGAAGGUGCAGUCGGUGGAGUCGCCGUCCGCCAGAAGAGAUCCAAUGAAGAGGAGGUUUAAUUUCAAUUCUAAUUAUUUGAGUCCUUACCCAGGAGCCGAGCAUUCCCGAAAUCUUACUCGGGUUGCAGAGCGACGUAUAAAAAUUACCUGUUGACGACAGAAGCAAUGCGAGAGAGAGGGGGAAUAGUCUUGCUUCCGCAGUUCUUUUCCCGGGAAAAACCACCGAUCAGAAGACUUUCCUUCUGGUUGUAGGACGGAUCAUGGCGGCGG